CCGCCGCGCGCGUCCCCGUCCGCUGCGGGGCUCCAAGGCCGAAGAGAAAAGACUGCGAGCUGCCCAUGGCUGUGGCUUAGAGAGCCAUCAAAUUGAACAGCCAUCUACAAGAACUACAUUUUCACAUUCCCACCAGUGGUGCUGAAGGGUUCAAUUAUACCAUAAUCUUAGCAACAUUUAUUUCCCAAUUGUGUAACACAAAGAAUGAGCCAGAAGUGAAAGAGAAACCACUGCAAGUUGGCUGACUGCUGGUAAAGAAGAUGCUUUAUUUUUGUGGCAAACAUAUGUGGAAUCUGUAAUGGAAAUGAUGGCUGGCUGUGGUGAAAUUGAUCAUUCAAUGAACAUGCUUCCUACAAACAGGAAAGCAAAUGAGUCCUGUUCUAAUAGCGCACCUUCUCUACCUGUUCCUGAAUGUGCCAUUUGUCUGCAAACGUGUGUUCACCCCGUCAGUUUGCCCUGUAAGCAUGUUUUCUGCUAUCUGUGUGUAAAAGGAGCUUCAUGGCUUGGUAAGAGAUGUGCCCUUUGUCGACAAGAAAUUCCAGAAGAUUUCCUUGACAAGCCAACUUUGUUAUCACCAGAAGAACUCAAGGCAGCAAGUAGAGGAAAUGGUGAAUAUGCAUGGUAUUAUGAAGGAAGAAAUGGGUGGUGGCAGUAUGAUGAGCGUACUAGUAGAGAGCUGGAAGAUGCUUUCUCCAAGGGUAAAAAGAACACUGAGAUGUUAAUUGCUGGGUUUCUAUAUGUUGCUGAUCUUGAAAAUAUGGUUCAAUAUAGGAGAAAUGAACAUGGACGUCGCAGGAAGAUUAAGAGAGAUAUAAUAGAUAUACCAAAGAAGGGUGUAGCUGGACUUAGACUGGAUUGUGACACUAAUACUGUAAACCUAGCAAGAGAGAGUUCUGCAGAUGGAGCGGACAGCAUAUCAGCACAGAGCGGAGCUUCUGCUCAGCCUCCGGUGUCAUCUUCUGUAAGGCCCUUAACAUCAAUAGAUGGUCAGUUAACCAGUCCUGCAACACCCUCCCCUGAUGCAGGCACUACUCUGGAAGACUCUUUUGCUCAUUUACAACUCAGUGGAGACAGCAUAGCUGAAAGGAGUCACAGAGGGGAAGGAGAAGAAGAUCAUGAAUCACCAUCUUCAGGCAGGGUACCAGACACUUCCAAUGAAGAAACUGAAUCUGAUGCCAGUAGUGAGAGUGAAGAUGUUUCUGCAGUUGUUGCACAGCACUCUUUGACCCAACAGAGACUUUUGGUUUCUAAUACAAACCAGACAGUAGCUGAUCGGUCAGAUCGAUCUGGAGCUGAUCGGUCAGUAGCAGGGGGAGGAACAGUGAGUGUGAGUGUCAGAUCUAGAAGGCCUGACGGACAGUGCACAGUAACUGAAGUUUAAAUAAACAUCUUCAGUUUCACACUCAAGGCUGAAAUGGUGAUCUGUAAAUUUCUGCCCACAUAACAUUAUACUCAUCCCUAAUAGUGCAUUUUGGGAGUUGGGGUGGGAAGGGAUAUGGGAAGGAUAGACCGGAAAUUAAAAUGUCUUAACAUGUCUCUGUUGAGAAAUUUAUUUAAUGUAAGAAAUUUGGGUAUUAAUAGUUGAGAGCUGUUUAGUAGUAACCCAGUUUUCUUGACAUGUUUACUUUAAAUUUUUUAAAAGAUUUCCUUAGUUCUUUUGGACAGUGUGUGUUUUAUCUGUGCAUUAAUGGUCCACAUCUGACUCUUGCACUGUUUUAUUUUUUUGCAUGGGUUAACAUAAAAUCAUUACUAAAAUUUUGCACCCGUAAGAUGUUUGAUGUCAUUAUACACAGGAAGCUUAAUUUAAUGUGGAAGUGGAUGUGAAUUUGGAACUUCAAAAUAGAUAAAUAACAACUAUUUUAUAGUAAAGUAUUGAAAUGGAAAUGUAAACAGCUAGUAAAACUUAUGUUUCAGCAUCUUUGUAACACACUUCAUGAUGUUCCUUCCCAUAGGCUUUGCUGUCUAGUCCUUGUACUUUGAGGUUUCUCUUGGUCUGAAUUUUUCUUUUUGAUUAAAAAGUUUAUAAUUUAAUAAAUACUAGAGUUUAUCAAAAAUAAUUUGUCUCUGGUUUGAGUCUGGAAAAGGGAUGGAAAUACUUCAGUGAUUGUGGCCAAAGGUCACUAUAAAGGUAAUGGCUGGAAUUGAUUAUAUUCUACUUAAUCACCGAUUCAGAAGUUUAAUUUCUUCAUAGAAAACAAUUAAAUUGAAUUAUGUGUGGAGUAAACAGUUAUGGAA